AGAAUUUAUUUGGAAAAAUGUGGGGAAUCCAAGCUGAAGAAAGCUGGUGAAUGUUUUUCUCUAGCAGGAUGCUAUUUGCAUUCAGCGGAAGUGUAUGCUAAGGGCAAUUAUUUUUCCGAGUGCUUAUCAGUUUGCACCAAAGGAAAAUUAUUGGACUUGGGUCUUCAAUGUAUCCAAUACUGGAAACAACAUAUUCCUAUGAAUGGUGAUAUGAUCACAAGAUGUAGUGAAAUAAAAAAAAAUUGAACAAGAGUUUCUGGAGAGUUGUGCACUUAACUAUUUUGAGCUUAAAGAUAACAAUUCCAUGAUGAAAUUUGUUAGGACUUUUCAUUCAAUGGAUUUGAGGCGCAAUUUCUUGAAGUCUUUGGAUUGCCUUGAUGAACUCUUUUUGUUGGAAGAAGAAUCAGGAAACUUUUUGGAGGCGGCAGAGAUUGCAAAGCUGAGAGGAGAUCUUCUACUGGAAGCUGAGCUGCUAGGGAAGGCUGGACAUUAUUGUGAUGCAUCAUUGCUCAUUCUCUGGUAUGUGUUUUCCAACUCACUAUGGAUUUCUGGAAGCAAGGGUUGGCCAUUGAAGCAGUUUGCACAAAAGAAAGAACUCUUAGCAAAUGCCAAAUUGUUAGCAAAGAAAGAAUCAUAUGCUUUCUCAGAAUCCUAUGUUUUCUAUGAAUCUGUUUGUACUGAGGUUAACAUUUUAUCGAAUGAACAGAGUAAGUUGUUUGAAUUGAAUAACUAUUUCAAUGCCUCCCAACGACAGAAAAGCCUCAGGGGAGAAAUUUUAUCCAUUAGAAAAAUUCUGGAUGCUCAUUUUCAUUUCAAUACCUUAAAGUAUGCAUGGGAAGAUGAAUUGAUAGUGGAUCUGACAAAUCAUUCAGAAGAAAAAAUUUCACAGAACCUUGUGUCUGUUGAAACACUGGUUUACUUUUGGAAUAUGUGGAAAGAGUAUGUCGUAAAUAUCUUUGAGUAUCUUGGGUGUCUUGAAACCCAAAAUGUUAGUAAAUAUCAAGGUUUUGGUGAGUUCUGUUUGAAUUAUUUUGGCGUGCGAAAGCAGUUCAAUAAUCUGAAUAUCACUUAUGUUUUGAUGAACUCUGAUGCCGAUUGGGUGAGAGAACUUGACGACAGAUUUCUCCGAAGUAGUGGAAAGUUGGUAUCUGUUGAUGUUCACCAGUUUGUCUCAGCUGCCCGGACUCAUUGGCAUGCAGAAUUACUUGCUGUUGGAAUGAAGGUGUUGGUGAAGCUUGAAGCCCUCUAUAAGUUCACUGCCAGGAAUUCCUCAUCUGUGUUUUGCCAAAGCAUAUGUCUCAUUCAUAUAUUUGAGGUUACAAAGUUUCUCCUAGAGUCCAAGUUUCAUGAUCUCAAGCACCAUGAUACUAGGAAAUUGCAGACAUUUUUUGAACUAUCUACCGAGUACUUCCAAAAAGUGUUUCCUUUUGACUGGAGAGAAUCAUUGGCAGAGAAUAUGAUUUCUCUGAGGGGAACUGAGCUUUCAAGGAAGUUGCUUGAAGAAGUUAUUUGUAGGAACCUCAAAGGUAAACUGACAUAUGGACAAAUAGGGAGGGUGGUAAUGGUGUGGCUUGGAUCUAAAACGCCAGCUGAUGAACUAUGCGAGGAGUUUGUUAAAAGGUUUGAUGUGGAUUCAUCAUGGAGGGUAUUCGUUGAGAAUCUCAGAGGGAAAGAAGAUAUAGAAUCUUCACCUUCCAGCAGUUCUAUUGAGGCUGUUGGGGUUUCUUUGGUUCACGAAUUCCUUAAAGCUAUGGAAGAUACUUUUAAUGUUAAUUGGAGGAAUGAAAUUGACUAUAUAUCACCUAGUUGUUUCUUGUAUCUUGUUGAGCACCUUCUGAUCUCAGCAUCUUACGUGCAGGAGGAGGGAUACUUUCUCACUACAAAGUCUUCAUUUAUUGAGUGGCUUUUUCAUCUGCAACCAAACACCAACCCCAGUGCCAAUUUAGUAACUGAUGUGCAAAUGCCUAAGUACGUGAUAUUUGGUUUUGUGUCUCGCAGCCUCCAGCAAUUUGUUUAUAAUAAGAAGGAAACGGCAGAUAGGAUUAAAAAUUCUAACAUUAAUUUUAAUUACUACUAUCCACUGCUGGUGCUGAGACUUUUUGUUUUAUUGUGUUUACUUUGUGCGGGUACUGGAUAUUAUUUUGAUGUACUUUUUACUUUGCUGUGGUGGAAUGAUAUUACUUCAAAGUUACCAAGGGAAUUCUUCACUGCCCUUCGGAACGAUAGAAAAAUUUAUGACUUUAGUGUAUUUGAAGGUGUAAAAGUAAGUGUUGCUGAAGCAUUUAAAAAGAUAGGGGACCCUCUUGUGGUAGUGAGCUUGGGAGGAGAUUGUUCAGAGUUACUUUUCCCUGAUGCCAUUUUUGUGGACAUGAGAGAUAUGCAAUGCAAAGAGGAUAUCAUGAGAGUGUUGUUUCCCACGAAUACCAAAGCUUACCAAGGGAAAAAGGUAGCUGUUGAAGAGACUUCAAGGAAUUCAUGGGGUGAAAAAAAUUCUCUGAACUGUGAUGAUCAGGGGAAGUGUUAUAUUGUACAGUCUUGUAGUUUUGCUUCCAUGGAAGAUCGGAGCACAAACACUAAGAAUGGAAAGGAAGGCAACCUGCAAACAGAUUGGGGGCUUUUAUGGGAAAUUUCCGAUAUUUUAAAGCCUCUGGAUGAUAAAAGAGAGGGAAUUUUGAUGAAAUGUAGUUGAAGACACAAAUGCUUUAGAGUGAGGCACCAUAUGACAGCAAGGCUGAGGGUAAGGGAACUAGCAACUCUAAUGAAGACACUAUGAAGUCGGCUAAUGUUUCCUCCGAAGCACAAAACAAGGGGAAGGGAAACAGCAAGUCCAAGAAAAGCGGGAAGGGAAACAGAAGUCCAAGAAAGGCAGAAAAUGAAUAGCUAUGCACUGUCAAAAUCUCAAGGUGGUGGUAUUAUUACUAAGAUAUGUUACUAUUCUAUAUGUAAAUGUUACAACUGUGAAUUGAUAGAAAAUAUAAACUGGUCGUUUAUCAAUAUGUGAUAGAAAGGGAUUGUGCUACUCUAGGUGGUAGCUUAUUUUCUGUUUACCCAACUUUAUCAAGUUUUGGUAAAUGAACCUAGAAAGUAAAUUGAGAUCA